CUGAACAGUGCAGUGCAGUAAAAUGAUGGGUAAUUGUCCUGGGACACCCUUUACGGUCUGGGCUUCUGGUCAGUUGACCUAGAGAAUUAUUUUAUCUUUUUGCAUUAUGCCCUUGGUAUUAAUGACGAGGGCAAUGAGAUUAAUUAAUUAAGUAAGUAAGUAAGUAAUUACUUACUUAUGAAUGGCUUAAGUCGUUUAAACUUUAUUCUAUAUAUGCGUUUUCCUCAUUAUUAUUUGAGAGUGAUUUGGGGAUGUAGGAUGCAGGAGUGGGGGGGUAACCUACAGGAUGUAAGAAUAUUGUUACUCAAGCAGCAUCCUUCCUUAAACUUUUCAGUGCAAAGUUCAAUAACGUUUCUCCUGCUUCACGGGACAGUUGCAGAUACAUUUUUUUUGUUUGGGUAGAGUUUAGCUUUCAGACAGACGCUCAAGGCGGUCACCGCUUCCCUUGGUCCAGCAGACUCGCAAGUGGGCGAAAAAGCUGCUCGUUCACAUGCUCGAGCUUUCGCGUUUGAUUUAGAGUCGGCAGAUGGGAGUCCACCUCACCCCCUCUGUCAGCUCGAGCUUUGUCCAGCGCCACGCGCACUCGUCUUCCCCUAACGCACACGUAGACACGCUUCUUGCGCCUGUCCCGAUGGAACGUGGGCUCUUCGAUCCCGGGGGACUCUAUAAAUAAAGUUCUUCCUUGCGAGCUGAGAUUUCAGAUGCCCCCGUGUUGUCCCGUGAGCCCCCCAGUCGCAGGCAUGGAAAGUCUGAAGCGAAAAAUACCUGGGUAAAAAUAACCGUGCAAGCAAGAGCGGGGUCUUUUUUAACCGGUUGGUUAUUCCGCGCGGUCCUACUGCCGUUUUGUCUCCGUCUCUGUCACCAAUCGUGAAGCGCAGCAACGGUGAGGAAAUCUCGCCGUCGCCAGCCACUGGAGAGUAAGCACGAUUUGGAAAGAAGAAAGUAGGCCUGUCCGUUCCGAGGGGAUUAAGUUGGCGAGCCGUGUUUAACCGACCUCUCGCAUUUGCGUGAGCCCGGUGGCGCUAGGACCCGCUAGUUUUAUGAGCGUCGGAGUGACAGCUUUCGGAAGCCCGACUGUAAAAAAAACUCUGGCGAGCAACCCGGCGGCUCACUCGUGCCCGAACCCUUCACCUCAAAACAUGACUGUUGUCAUUUAACCGAAAUCACGGGGAACGGCAUUUUUUCCCUGAGCGGACCACUGAACAGGCUAUGAACACAGAACAGUGUGAUGCUCGCUGAAUAGACUCCGGUAAGGAGCUGAUAUCCAGCCGCAGGUGAGCGGCAACGGUGCGGAGAUGACUGGAGGCCCGUGCUCCCAGAAGCUGGGUCCCCGUUAUGCCAGGCCCAUACGGAUGGUUCUGCUCAUCCUCAUCCCUGCGAUCUGCGCUCUCGCAUGCGUUCUGUUGGUGCUGUUGGCGUUUACAGGUGUCAUCGGGAACACUUUCCUGGAGUCAGCGGGUUCCCGCUCUCUGGCCACAAUGAGUCCCGUCGCCGCGGACAACAGAUCUGCCCCUGGGGUUCCAAUGACGAUGUCACCAGGGGCAGCCACUGUCACUCAGCCUCACACACAGGGCAUGGGCCACUGGAGACCUCGCGCCGACAACUCUUCAUCAGCGCUCUCACCACCAUCGUCAUCAUCAUCAUCAUCAUCAUCAUCAUCAUCAUCACCACUAACAGCACAGUCUACAUCCACAUCAGUAUCAACAUCAUCGCAGACAUCAUCUUCAUCUCCAUUGUUAUCUUCCUCACCCUCUCCACCAGCCAAGACCACGCCUCCUUCCAAGCUCCAUCCUGAUUGGCUGACGACCACAGCAAGCAUAAUGGGAAUCUUAAACAGUCCCACUGUUGAGGCGACCACUGCUGUGCCUGACCUGGGUGUGUGUGUUGACAUCACUGAGACUCAGUGCCACAUGUUGCAGUAUAACCGGACCGGCGUGUCAUCAGGGGCAACGGUUGUCAAGAGCAGCGAGCUGGAGAUGUUUCUGAAGUUCUUCUCCUACCUGAGCCGGCUUGGCUGCUACACACACAUCAUGCUGUUCGGCUGCAGCCUCGCACUCCCACAAUGCAUCAGCAACGGCACCGACAGGCGUCUGGUGUACCCGUGUGUGGGCUUCUGCGAGGCGGCUCGAGAGGGCUGUGAGCCAGUCCUGCAGAUGUUCAACGCCUCCUGGCCCGAUUUCCUGCGCUGCUCCCAGUUCUCCAACGGAACGCUGCGGCCCGCCGGAACGCCAGAACCAGUGUCCGGAACACCGACAGCGGGAGCAGCGGGAGAUCCCGGCCUCUGUUACACUCCGCGGUACAUCAGGGGCAAACCCUCUCUGUGUGGCGGCCGUGACAACUUCAUGUGUGCGACAGGGAUUUGCAUCCCCCACAAACUGGUGUGUAACGGCUACAACGACUGUGAUGACUGGAGCGAUGAGGCAGACUGCAGCUGUCAGGAGGGGGAGUUUGAGUGUGUGACGGGCAGGUGUGUGAGCCCAGCUCUACUGUGUGACGGCUACGACGACUGUGGGGAUCUGAGUGACGAACACAACUGUGUGUGUGACGCUCAGAGGGAGCAUCGGUGUGGAGAUGGCCGGUGUAUUCCUAGGGACUGGCUGUGUGACGGAGAUCACGACUGCGUAGACAAGAGUGAUGAGGUCAACUGUUCGUGUAAGGCCCAGGGCUUGCAGGAGUGUAAGAAUGGGCAGUGCAUCCCUAGUGCCUUCCGCUGUGAUGGAGAGGAUGACUGCAAGGACGGAAGCGAUGAGCACAAUUGCACACAGACACAGACUCAGAGUCUAUGCACUUCAGGCUGCACCUCAAAUUCCUGUCCCACUGGUUGCCAAGGCAACGCCCCCUGUGAUGGACACAACGCCACCUGCAGCCGCUGCGAGCCCAUCUCCCUGGAGCUGUGUUUGAACAUGCCCUACAACAACACCAUCUUCCCCAACUUCCUGGGCCACCGGUCGCAGCGCGAGAGCUCCGUGAGCUGGGAGGCCAACCUGUUCCCCGCCCUGGUGCAGACCAGCUGCUACCGCUACCUCAUGUUCUUCGCCUGCACCCUGCUCGUGCCCAAGUGUGACCCGCUCACCAACCAAAGGGUCCCGCCCUGCAGGUCUCUGUGCAGGAGCUCUAAGGAGCGCUGUGAGUCAGUGCUAGGCAUUGUGGGAUUGCCGUGGCCAGAGGACACCGACUGUGCCCAGUUUCCCGAGGAUGGAGGCGACACUUCCUGUCUGCUCCCUGACCCGGAUGUGGAUGAGUGUUCACCGAGCCACUUUACGUGCCGUUCUGGACGGUGUGUGUUGGCUACCAAACGCUGUGACUCACAUAUGGACUGCGAGGAUGACAGCGAUGAGGAGAACUGUGGCUGUGUGGAGAGGGGGCUCUGGGAAUGUCCAGGAGACAAAGCCUGCAUCACCCACUCCAUGAUCUGUGACGGCUUCCCCGACUGCAGCCUCAAGGAGGACGAGAGCAACUGCUCGGUGUGUAAUGACAACGAACUGGAAUGUAACAAUCAUGAGUGUGUGCACCGUACUCUCUGGUGUGACGGCAAAAAGCACUGCUCAGACAGCUCUGAUGAGUGGGACUGUGUGUCUCUGUCCAACUCGUCCUCAUCCUCGUCCUUGAGUGUGUCUCGGUCCGGGGGGGAGUACCAGGUGUGUGUGGACGGCUGGACCCCCCAACUCAGUGAGCUCACCUGCACCCAGCUGGGUUUAGGGCUGCCUGCGUCCAUCAAAGAGGUUGAAGAGUCUGGAGUUGGCAGACGGCGCUGGUUACACGUGCAUCAAGAGUGGCACCAGCGCAAUGGGAGCGCUCUGCAAGGGGUCCUGGAGAAGAGAAGUCACGCCUGUGCAUCCCGUAAACAUGUAGCCUUGGAAUGUGGAUCAGAGGACUGUGGGCGCCGGCCAGCGGUCCGUCUGGUGAAGAGGAUUCUGGGAGGUCGUGUGAGUCGUCCGGGUCGCUGGCCGUGGCAGUGUUCCCUCCAGAGCGAGCCCAGCGGACACAUCUGCGGCUGCGUGCUCAUCGGCAAGAAGUGGGCCCUCACUGUGGCGCACUGCUUUGAGGGGCGUGAGAGUGCGGACGUGUGGAAGGUGGUGCUGGGCAUCAACAACCUGGACCACCCGUCGGAGCACACGCAGACGCGCGGCGUGGCCAGCGUGACCCUGCACCAGCGCUACAGCCGCGCCGUGGUGGACUACGACAUCAGCGUGCUGGAGCUGGACCGCGAGGUGGAGAUCACCAGCUACGUGCGGCCUGUCUGCCUGCCGCGCCCGGGACAGCUGCCCAUGCCUGACACCUACUGCUACAUCACCGGCUGGGGUCACGUGGGGAACAGAAUGCCCUAUAAGCUUCAGGAGGGAGAGGUGAGGCUCAUCUCUCUGGCCCAGUGUCAGUCCUACUUCGACAUGAAGACCAUCACCUCACGCAUGGUGUGUGCCGGGUACGAGUCAGGCACAGUGGACUCCUGCAUGGGUGACAGCGGGGGUCCUCUGGUGUGUCGUGAGGGUGAUGGCCGCUGGCGUCUCUAUGGCCUGACCUCCUGGGGCUCUGUGUGUUUCUCUAAAGUGCUGGGGCCCGGGGUCUACGCCAACGUCACACACUUCACCAGCUGGAUCCAACAACAGAUCUACCUACGCACUUACAACCUGGACUAACACGUACACACACACACACACACACACACACACACACACACACACACACACACACCAGUACAUCUGUAGUACAACACCCACUAGAUAUGCUCUUGCUCAAGUCAAAAACGCAAGGCUCAUCAAUACAAAGUUAAAAAACACACACACAUAUAUAGUAUAAUAUAUACACAUAUCCAUAUAAACAUACAUGCACAGGUCACUCAUACUGUGACGACACACACGAGUUAUGUAUGUAUGUACACAAUCUCUUCACAUGUUGGAUCUAGUACCAGAACUACCUGUGCUUCUUCCACCUUAAAUAAUCCAGUCUUUGUCUAUGAGGAGAGAGAGAGAGGGAGAGAGAGAGAUAGAGAGAGAGAGAGAGAGGGAGGGAGAGGGAGAGGGGGAGAGAGAGAGGGAGAGAGAGCGAGAGGAAGAGAGGGAGAGAGAGAGAGAGAGCGGGAGAUAGGGAGAAAUCAGAAAGAGCAUAGGGGUUUGUGAGUGAGAGGGUAUAUAAGCUUUCAGUGAAAGUGCUUCCCUAGUGCCUGUUUGUGUAUCUAUGUGUAUCUGAUUUUGGCAGACAAGCGCAAGUCUUAGAUUAUUUUUUCUCGUCAGGCUUUCCAGUGAAAACACUUUUUGCACCAAGAGAGAGUGUGUGUGUGUGUGUGUGUGUGUGUGUGUAUGUAUGUGUGUGUAGAGGGAGGUUAAAACAGAUUUUACGACCAAAUUCAGUAUUGCUGCAGUUGGCAAACAUCUCUCUCUCUCUCUUUCUCUCUCUCUCACUCUCUCUCUCUCAAUCCCCCCUUUCUAUUAUCUGAUAUGGGGACCUAAGUUUAAUGUUUUCUUUCAGUGUGUUAUAUUUUGUUAUGUAUAUGAAGUUGCAAUGCAUAAUUAUGCACACAGACAUACACACAAAGUUGGAGACCCACUGUCUGUGUCAGUGACACAUUAUCACGUAAUUACUGUACAAUAGGUAUGUAUGUUUGUGUGUGUGUGUGUGUGUGUGUGUGGCCAUGUCUGUGACUGUUACGCAAUAUAUGCUGUUACAAAGACGCACUUGUUGGCAAUGUGUGUGUGUGUGUGUGUGUGUGUGUGUGUGUGUGUGUGUGUGUGUGUGUGUGUGUGUCUUUUGUCCUCCUGGCUUUAAUGUGUCCUCUAAGACCAUACACACACUCCAGCUGUGCAUACACCUCCUGGCUCUACACCUCUCAACCAUCAACAUUCACUGACCUGUAGCAACUCAUUUCUGUGAGUGUGCGUGUGUGUGUGCGCACAUGUGUUUUGUAGUUUUUUGUAGUGUUCUGUAGGCCUAUGUGGAUGUGUCUUUGGUUUUCUAAAACUGUGUGUGUCUGUGUGUCCUAUCUCUCAGUGUGCUAGAACAUUCCGUGUAAAGUUGUUUUUUUGCGUUGUGAUUUUCUAAGAGUAUUUUUCUACAGCUUUCUGUGGCUCUGCUCUCUCAUCUGCUCUCUUAUGUAUCAACAAUUACAAAUAAAAGAUUUCUAUCCCCAAAA